AUGUCUAACCAUGCUACGCGAGAUGCGACAGUCAUUCUGACCGAUAGUAACAACUGGACAUCGUGGUAUCGCCAACUUAAAAUCAAAUGUGAAUCACUAAAGAUUUGGGCACUCGUAGAUCGCUAUAUAAAAUUAGAUCUUAUAGCUAGGCUCAUUCUUACUAGUACCCUUUAUAACUCUACUUUAACCUAA